UUCCCGCGGCCUUGUCCAGCAACGUUACACAUCGUUUUCUUGCAUCAGCCUCUUCGCUCUUCUCGCCUUCGACGCUGCCCGCAGCUCCUCUCGCGCCUCCUCCUCAACCCUUCCGCUCUGCACCUCACCACCUUCUCCAUUCUCCUCGUCAUGGCGCCGUCUGCUAACGCGCUUCUGACACCCCGCAGACCCCACGACGACGACGACACUCACGAUCAGAUCGGUUCCAACGCCUCGACGCCACCAGGCGCGGCUACACCGCGGCCCGAUCCCACGGAUAAACGACUGCCGGGUAUUCUUCACAGUUACUUUGGUCAGGUUCGUGAUUCUCUGCUACCCAGUCGCAAGUCUUCGGAUAGCCCCGCCCCCGCUCCUACUUCCUCUUCCCCAUCUUCUCCUACACACGAGGGUGCUCAGGUUGUCGCGCCGCAAGAAAAUGCCUCCGAUCGCACUUUGCCCUCGUCGAAUCCGCUGCCCAGUCCCAACCCUAGUACUUCCUCGCGUCAUCCCUCGACUUCCCAGACCAAAGGAGAACCCGGGAAGCUAACUGAAGGCGAUUUCGCAUCGCCACGAAAUCAGGCCACUCCUCCACAGACACCUCGUUCCCAAUCGCGCGAGGGCCAGCCGUCCGCUGGUACCUCCGUCUCGUCAACAUCCACUUCGAAGAAGGAGAAGGCGAUUUCGGUGGGUGUACCAAAGGGGAAGCUGUCAGUUUCCAUCACCGAAGGAAGAGGCCUGAAGCCCAGCAUCGAUCCCUAUGUCGUGUGUCAGUUCCAAUGGGCUGAGGAUAUAUCCGCUGGGCCCAGGCCCGACGCAACGAAUGGCCGUUUGAAGCGGCCCGGUGGAAUGAACAUAAAGCGGACAGACAGUGACUCGGGGAGACCCAUGGCAAUACCGAUGCGGAGUAGGCAGAGUAGCAAUAACGGCAUCAGCUCGGACCCCAGAGAGGACGGUGUCCUGAAAGUCACGGACCCCAAGUGGGAGCAUGAGGCUGUUUUCGAUGUGGUUGGCGAUCAUUCCGAGAUCGACAUCUCCGUCUAUGACCGGGCAAACGGAGAAGCAUUCUUGGGCCAUGUCCGCUUCUGUCCCAACCUGGUCGAGUACGAGCAUCCAUAUUCUCGCUGGUUUACACUCGAACCGCGGGAAGGUGAGGAGGACCGCGUCACGGGAGAGAUACAUCUUCGCAUCAAUUUCCACAAAACGGACAAAAAGCACUUCGGCCCGGAAGAUUUCGAGAUCCUCAAGUUGAUCGGCAAAGGAACGUUCGGCCAGGUCUUCCAAGUUCGGAAACGGGACACGGGCCGGAUCUAUGCGAUGAAGGUUCUCUCCAAGAAGGUCAUUGUCCAGAAGAAAGAGGUGGCACAUACCCUCGGCGAACGCAACAUCCUAGUACGGACAGCAAUGGCGGACUCGCCCUUCAUCGUCGGUCUGAAGUUUUCGUUCCAAACUCCGACGGAUCUGUACCUGGUCACAGACUACAUGUCGGGGGGUGAGCUCUUCUGGCACCUUCAACGGGAAGGCCGCUUCAAGGAAGCUCGUGCGAAAUUCUACAUUGCUGAGCUUAUCCUCGCCUUGCAGCACCUGCAUGAGCACAACAUCGUAUAUCGGGACCUGAAACCAGAGAAUAUCCUUUUGGACGCCAACGGUCACAUUGCCCUCUGCGAUUUUGGUCUAUCGAAAGCCAACCUCACCGACAACGCUACAACAAACACCUUCUGCGGCACAACCGAGUAUCUAGCGCCCGAGGUUCUGCUGGACGAGCAUGGAUACACCAAGAUGGUCGAUUUCUGGUCGCUCGGUGUGCUAGUAUUCGAAAUGUGUUGCGGAUGGAGCCCGUUCUACGCCGAGGACACACAGCAGAUGUAUAAGAACAUCGCAUUCGGCAAAGUCAGGUUCCCUCGGGAUGCUCUCAGCACUGAAGGCCGCAACUUCGUCAAGGGCCUCCUCAACCGGAAUCCCAAACACCGCUUGGGAGCCACGCGCGAUGCGCAGGAGCUGAAGGAACACCCCUUCUUCGCAGACAUCGACUGGGACGCAUUGGCUAAGAAGAAUGUCGUCCCGCCCUUCAAGCCCAAGUUGAAGUCGGAGCUCGACGUAUCCAACUUUGACCCCGAGUUCACCAACGCUCUCACUGGCAACGGGUCCCUCAACGCACGCGCCGCCGCUCUGGCCUCGGGCGUCAAUCCCGCAUCCACCCCGCUCUCGCCCACGAUGCAGGCCAACUUCGCCGGCUUCACCUUCGUCGAUGAAAGCAGCAUGGACCAGCACUUCAAAGACCGCCACCACGACGACAAUGAACGCAUGGACGAAGACGCCAAGGAAGACGACCCAGAAUGGGAGAAACCCGCAGGGCGAGGCGACCGGAUGAGCGGGGUCAUUCCAAGCAACAACGACGACAUAUUCAAUCAUGGCAACUUCGACGUAUGAUGAAGUUUCACCGUGUCUGCGAACGAUCCCUUCUUGUCGUCUUUUAGCAUUCGUUCUGGCUUGAGGGGUUUUCUCCUGUUGAUGUGGUUUUUCUCCUGUUUCCUA